AUGCAAUACGAGUUGGAUUGGGUAGAGAACAAGAUCGAGAAUUGUCCAAUCGCAGAGAUGACCGCGAUCGUCCUCUGCACGAACGUACAGGCGUUCUUCCAGAUCUCUAUAGGCCAUCAUCAGAUCAUCAUAUCAGGGAGUCCGAUCGACGACCGAUUCGUGAAUUCGAAAGAGACUAUCGUAAUCGAGAUAUGCGCGUUGAGAUUCCGGGGGUUGACAGAUAUCGUGCUGACUACCCUCGAGACAAUCACCAAGGUCGAGAACGAUUGUCUGAUAAUAUGAGUGACCGACACUCACGAGAACGAAGACCAUCGUGGGAGUUGGAGAGAGAAAAGGAUUAUCGUGUCCCAGGAGCUUUCGCAGAGAAGGAUCUAGCCGAUAAUCGAAGGACCCGCGAAAAUGAAUUUGAGAAUCGGGGAAACUCGGACGAAAAGAUCGAAUCACAUAAGCAAUCAUAUCUUCAACCGGAAAGAAGGAUAUCAAGAAGUCUAGAAAUUGAUCAGAUGAACCGAUCCAUCAAAUUGGAAACCGUUCGUCGUGUUGACAAUGAAAGAAUUCCCUUAUCUGUAAAUGAUAAGCAUUUGCCAGAAAUUCGUGUGAGGGACGAAAAAAGCACUGACGUUCAAUCAAAAGAAAGUAAUCAAGACUUGAUUCUACCCAAAGAUGAAGAUGAUUUACCUUACCCAUGGAAGAAGUGUAUUUCAAGCAAAAACAAAGUUUACUAUUACAAUACUGAAACCCAUGCAAGUUAUUGGAACUAUCCUAGCGAAGAUAAUGGAAAGAAGCAAACAAUCGACAGUCGUCAAGCCAUUGAGCAAAGUGAAGGCGGUAAACACACCGAUUACGAAUCUUCACAUAAGGAUGAUAACGGUGAUGUCGAUACCCCUCGAAAGAAAUUGCGUUUAACUGCUGAACACGAAUCAAUAGAUAGGAUAAUAAUGCCUGAUAAUCGGAAGGAUUCAAAUAGUGAAAGAUCACUCGGUCCUGAUGAACAAUUAACUUUCAACAACACACCCUCCAGUAGAGACCUGCCUUUAAGAGACUUGGAAUCAUCAGUUAGAAGAACUCGCAGCAAUACUAUAAACAAUGUUACCACUACACCUCCAAAAAUGCAGGCAUCUUAUUCGGAAGCAUCACAAUCUUCGCCUACGAUUCGUUCUCCUGCUUCCAUGUUUGGAGAUCGUCGGUAUAGUGCCGACUACGAAUCAAGAAGAGGACCUUACGCUAGUCCACAGUUGCAAUCACCUUCUUCAUCCUUACGAAAUCCUUUUGGACGUAUUCCUCCCUCCGAAUUUUAUGAUCAUAACGACAUGUUCCGUCAUGACGAUUUCGGUGGUGUUCGAGGUCCAGGUGGAAUUAUGGAUAUGCGUAUGGCCGGAACAAUGGGUAGCAACAUUUCAGGAGUGAUGAUGCCGCAAGUAAAUUCACAAUUGCCAACAAAUAAUCGUUCGGGUCGGUUUAUUCCAAAUCAUUCAUUUGGUAUGGAUCAGGGACCAAUGCCAGGAGUUCGUAGGAUGUCUUCUGUUGGACGUGGUGGUUUACCAUCAACGCAUUUUCCCCCUCAGUACCGGAGAAGAUCACCUUUCGAGGACGAGCGGAUUGAAGAACAAACGAGUUCUAUGAUUGGUAUCGAAACUGAAAAUGGGCAUGCUUCAUCUCACAGAUCUAAUGGAAGUUUACGCAACCCCGUAGGAAUUGGUAAUAAAAAUGAAUCUGAUGAAGAAGCUUGGCGUACAGAGGAUGAAAUGGUUGAUUUCGAACUUGCCGAUACUGAACCGCAAUCUCUAUUGUUUCGUCGCCCGGUUCCGUAUAAUCAAUUUUCCCAACCUUUACCUGAUAAUGAAAUAAUCAGGCGCCAAGUUGCUCCUGUGUGGAAUCACAUUACCUCUAGCGUCGCAGGGGAUGAACUUUUCCAGCAAUUUGAACAUAUCAUGAAUGACAAUAGUCAUUCUCGAAAAAGGAAACGUGAACUGAGAAUAUUGAAUUCGAGAAAGGAAUUUGAACAGAGAAGAGCCAUGUAUGGUGGAAGGAGAAUGUUCAGAUACAAGCAUCUGUUUGCCACACCCCGUCAACUUCCAAAAACUGCUUACCCGGAUUAUUUUGUGUACCCAAAACUUGCACCUGAAAUUCCAGACGAACUUGUACAAUCAUGCAUAGACAUUUAUCAAUUCCAUAAUGAAAACACUGUGCGGUGUAAUAACGGUGUAGUGAUCAAUGUUGAAGACGAUAAUUCCGAAAACAGGUUAAACCGCAGUCGAAUUGAAGACACGAGCGGCAUUGAAGAUGAGUCGGCAGCAGAAGUAUCGAAGGCCGAAGAUGGAGCAAAUAAAUGA